AUGGGCAGUUGCGCUCAUUGUGGCAAGUAUUCAACCGUGGGGUGCUCCCAUUGUAUGGGAGCUCCAGAAUACCAAGACGGAGAUGCUGUCACUACCUUCUGGUGCAGCCCUGAAUGCCAGGCAGCUCACGAGCCAACUCAUCAAGAGUAUUGCUACAACAUGCAACGACGGAAAGCUCUUUUACGUACAGCCAAGCUACUCAAAGCAGCACUUUUGGCGUACAAGGAGGUUGUGUAUGACAUUCAUUUGACAAAAAUCGAACAUGACGAAGACUCCGGAACUCUGGUCCUCAUACACACCCCGAACCGAACUGAGCGCCAUCUUUUCCCGAGUCACCUCACCCGUAUUGAAAAUCACAAAGAAGCCGCUCUUCUAGUAAACCAGUGUACUAUGUCGAUUUCUCUCCUUGGUCCGAUGACCAGGGGUCUCUUGGCCGGAAUUGUCUCUCGAAUGGAUGUCGCCAUUGUUGAGAUCCGGAACCCCCCCCUCCCUAUCAGAUUUCACCCCCCUGCUGGCAUCAUGACCGACAGGGUGUUCCAUACCAUCGUCGAAGCGACGUUGGACUCAUCAGGGGAACGAUGGUUGAUCGACAUCACAGGCUGUCAGUAUGGCUUCCGGGAUAUUCUGCUUCCCCUCAAGAAAUACAUUACACAGAACAACUGCUCCUCGUAUGAGCUGUUACAGCCUUACGGUCACACUGAAACCACCGACCAGGACGAGCUUCCACGCUCGCCUUUCUUCAUACUCACAGGAGGGCCCAAUGAACAACAGUUGGCAGACAUUGAAAUUGAGAAAGGUUAUCGUCGACACUUCGCCACUCUAGUUCGCGCAUUAUUUCAUCAAGGAUUGACUCAGGGGUCUGACGCUCACUUUGCAGCCAUUCUCGAUGAUUUGGCCCACAGAGUGAUCACACACAUGUCAAGUUAUCAACCUCAUCUGGGGGCAUAUCAGGAGAGGACUACGCACUGA